UCAGACUGAGAGAAUUCAAGAUGGCAGUCCCAGGCUCCAGAUGAGGGCUCCCUCCUUUUUUGACCUGGUGUGUGAACUUUUCUUGCAGCUUGAGUCUCAGUGCUGCCAGGCCCUCGCUGCCCCUUAGCAGACACCAUGUCAUCCACCUCUUCCUGUUCCUCCUCGGGGGAAACCAGCCCUGAAGACAUGCCCCGAGGUGGGGGCACCAUCCGUGUCUACCUCCCUAACAAGCAACGAACAGUGGUGAACGUUCGGCCUGGGCAGACCGUCUAUGAUAGUCUAGGCAAAGCCCUGAAAGUCAGAGGCCUGAGCCAGGAUUGCUGCGCCGUCUUUCGGCUUCUUGAAGGCCGUAAGAGGCUUACAGAAUGGAACACUGACAUCACACCCCUCGUAGGGGAGGAGCUUUUGGUUGAAGUGCUGGAUGAUGUUCCCCUUACCAUGCACAACUUUGUUCGUAAAACAUUCUUUAAGUUAGCAUACUGUGACUUCUGCCACAAGUUCUUGUUCAAUGGCUUCAGGUGUCAGACAUGUGGCUAUAAGUUUCACCAGCACUGCAGCAGUAAAGUUCCUACUGUUUGUGUGGACAUGCAUACCAUGAAACGGUAUGUUUCUAGUACAGAAGACACCAUACCUCCCAUACCCCACAUAUUACUAACCUCAGAUCAGUCUGGAGAGGAGAUGCCAUCUCCUAACUCUUCCUUUCACUUCUUGAUGCGGGGCGAGGACAGUCAGUCUCUCCAGAGACAUCGCUCCACCUCAACACCAAAUGUGCACAUGAUCAGCACGCUGGAUCCUGGAGCUGCUGUCCUCAUGGAGGAGCCAUUAAAAACCAGCACAAUAGGACCAGAGUCCUCUCCCAAGCCUUCCACUAGCCCGCCCCACCUAGGGUCACCAGGAAGAAGACCUCCAAAAUCCCCUUCUGAGCCCAAGGAACGAAAGUCAUCGUCGUCUGAUGAUAAAAAGAAAGUGCACCGGGGAGGAUACAGAGACUCCAGUUACUACUGGGAGGUGCAUUCACGUGAGGUGACCACGAUAAAGAGAAUUGGAACCGGCUCUUUUGGGACCGUCUACAAAGGCAAAUGGCAUGGAGAUGUGGCUAUCAAGAUUCUUAAAGUGACAGACCCGACACCAGAGCAGCUUCAAGCCUUUAAAAACGAGAUGCAGGUUUUACGGAAAACACGUCAUGUCAACAUUCUGCUGUUCAUGGGCUUUAUGACGAAGCCUAAUUUUGCCAUUAUCACGCAGUGGUGUGAAGGCAGCAGUCUGUACCACCACCUGCAUGUUACAGAGACCAAAUUUGACACCAUGCGCCGCAUCGACGUCGCUCGCCAGACUGCACAGGGCAUGGAUUAUCUUCAUGCCAAGAACAUCAUUCAUCGGGACUUGAAAUCUAAUAAUAUCUUCCUGCACGAGGGCUGGACGGUUAAGAUCGGUGACUUUGGGCUGGCCACGGUCAAGUCUCGCUGGAGUGGCUCUCAGCAGGUUGAACAGCCCAGUGGCUCCAUCCUGUGGAUGGCCCCUGAGGUGAUCAGAAUGCAGGACACUAACCCAUACACCUUCCAGUCUGAUGUUUAUGGCUAUGGAGUGGUGCUCUAUGAACUGAUGUCUGGGACUUUGCCUUAUUCAAAUAUCAACAACAGGGACCAGAUUAUUUUUAUGGUGGGUCGUGGGUACUUGUCGCCAGACCUCAGUAAGUUAUACAGCAACUGCCCUAAAUCAGUGAAGAGGCUCAUCAUCGACUGUCUGAAAUUCAAACGGGACGAACGGCCUCUCUUUCCACAGAUCUUGGUGAGCAUUGAGCAAGUCCAGUAUCUAUUGCCAAAAAUCGAACGGAGUGCCUCCGAGCCCUCUCUACACCGCGCUGUACAUGCCGAGGACCUGAACCCGCUUCUCCUCCACACCACGCGUCUCUUGCCUCUGUGAGACUCCUGGAGAUGCUCUGUCUUCUCCUAAACAUCAUUCCCAGCAUGGAAUCCCUAGUUCCUGUCAUUCCACACAUUUCUGAGAGCACCCAAGCUGUUUCAUUGGUCCUUUAUAUACUGUAUACUGUAUACACGAACACCCUACAUUUAUCAACUCAAUAGCACUCCUGGUCUCCCCGUCACGCUUCUGGAAUUCUCUAGGCUGCUCCUGGUUAAAGCUGCUUGUAGAGAAUGUCAGACAGGGGAAUUCUGUUCAGCUGCUUUCAGACACAGGAAAUAAUCUGUGCUCCCAUUACACUUAAUGGAUUUCAAAAUCCAAGCAUCACAUCGACACAAUCUUAAUAACCUCCUUUUUGAGGUAUGUUUGAAAUGAUUGUGCUUGCAACUUGCGUUUUUUUUAUGAAAGUAGCGUUUUAUUUUUUUCAUAGAAUCUGCAAUAUUCAGCGUGAACAUUUGUUUUGUUCCCCUUGCUUGAACUUCCAGCUGUUGCACGCUGGGGUCACUCCGUUCAUCUGUGUCACACAGACAUUCUGCUCGCAGUGAUAAAAUUAUACAUCCGUUUGCAAUCACUUACAGUAUACAUCUUUCAAAAUCAGCUUUUUCAUUUUGUCCAUUUCUGAUUGCAAACUCUCAUGGGAAUUGUUUUUAAAACACUCAACUGGUAUCACAUUAGGUUGGAUGUACAUUUCACUUGUGCCCUUAAGAAUUGUGUUGUGCUUUUGUGAUUAUUUUGAAUAUCUUCAUUUUAGCUAUAUUUGACUUGGGCUUUUUCGGUUUUUUGGUCAGCUUUAUAUGUAUACACACUUACAUUGUGUCUACACCGGAUGCAGCGCGAUGCGACGUGACGAGACAAUAGAACGAAUUAGAACCCAUUAUAAUUUACAAUGGCGCGAUGCUAAUCCCAUUAGCGUCCGGUGUAGACACGGUGUUAGUGUAUAUAUACAAACAUGGCACAAUUCAUGGCUCAGAUUUGUUAUGGUGCACAAGUGACGGGGAAGGAAAUGUUGUGCGUAUCAUUUCCUUUUGUUAGUAUGAAAUGAUUACAUAUCGCUUUCUAAAGUGAACAUGGUUUAUUGUUCCUUUUAAAACGGAGUAAUCAUUUACAAUCUAAACUGAAAUGACAGUAAGCAGGAUAACCAUGAAUAAUGCUGACACAGUUUGGCUUGAACUAAUGCAUUGUGUUAGUAUUUUGCACAGAUAGCUCGGAGAAAAGUGAUUUCGGUCGUGUUCCUGCCGUCUUAAACAAUAUUGUGGAGGGUGUUGAUGUGAUCUUAACUUUGUGGGUAAUAUGUCGAUAUGUUUUUCUAGCCCAGUUUAUGUGCAGGAAAUGAUCACAUACAGACAGAGAUGUGUAAUCUUUGUGGUGGUGCUUUUUGAAGUGGACCAAGGUAACAAAAUGACCUUAGCCAAGAGCAUGAAUUUGGGGUGGAGCUACCUGUUUGUCCCAACAAUGAAAGAUAUUGGGGUGUGUCUGGGAAACCAGUCUGUAAUUUUGCAAUAACUGAAGUUGCAAUUCUAAAGCAAUGCUUGCGUCAUGGACACUUUGGAAUUCAGGCUGCUAGAAGCGCUACUGACCUCUGGUUAAUACGGACUGAGAGAGAUGAUCAAACUAAACACAUUCUUUACAAUAAUACAAUAAUAGCUCUGGGGCUUCACAGGAUUUCAUUUUAAACUAGUUAGUUUUACCUUACGUUAGUUAUGUCUGUUCAGCCGGUGGCCUUUGAUAUCCUUAGCAGCUGCUAAAUUUGCGAACGUUGAGCACAUUUCUGGUGUAACAUUUAAUUUUAUUCCAGAAACUCAAAAGAAUUUGCUAUGAAAAAGCAAUAUUAAAAUUCACUUUCCUCCCAUCUGCUUUCAAUAAGACCAAUUGAAACCUAAAGCGAUGGGGCCUUAUGCGAUCUUUUAAUGUAGUCUUAAUAUUUGUAACUUAUUGAUUCAUAACUGACAGUUGUACUAAAGUCAGAGCUUUGGUUCUUAGCAAUGUUUGAAUGGGGCUGGGUACCCCGUUGAGCUGUACACAUUCCACAUAAGAUGCCUGUAGAGGAUUCUGGGGGAUUCUGCAUUUGUUGUGAGCGGGAUAUAAAAUGUAGUUUCAUAUUCCCUGAGCAACUCUUGGAAAUGUAGUUUUGGACAAACCUGGUUAUCUGUUGUAUGGUUCUAUUUUCUUAUAUUUCCUCUGUUAUUACAUAGAAACAGGUUGUUGGGCGAGAGAAAAUGACUGAAGCGUUUCAGGGCUCUUUUAGAAUCAUGAUGUGGUACUCUCUUCAAAAAUUAGAUUUUUCUUAAGGAACCAAUUGUAAUAAUAUUGUUUAGUACAAAAUGUGGAUGGAAGCAUGUGCUCCUCUCUUUUCAGAACGGUUAUGAAAGCAACAUUUUUGGUUUAAUUUUAAAGGAUUGGAUGCACAGCUUAUGCUUUUAACAUAUUUGAUACAAGCUAUAUCAAUGGUUAUAUGGGUUUAAAACCAACAGCCUGGUUUUUGAUGACCACAAAUUAGGCUACCAAAAAUUUUGGUUUCCCACCAAAUGACAACCUGACCUUUUAAAGGGAUGGAUCAUAUAAGAAUAAACAUUCUGUCAUCAUUUAUUCACCCAAUUUAAUUUGGAUCCUGAACAUAAAUCUUUCUGUGGAACACAAGUAUCUCUGUGGUUUUGUGUCCAUACAAUAGAAGUCACUGAUGCUCAUGUUGUGCGCAGUUCUUUAAAUAAGGGUGAUUGAAUGAUGAAAGAAUUUUCAUUUUUGGUCAACUAUCACUUGAAAAGAAAACUACAGAACUGGUCCUAGAUUAUUAGAAUUGUAGCACAUUUUUGCUUGACAUGAUACAAAUAAAUAAAUGUUCUAUGACGUUUAUCUACCCUGGAUCAGGUAAAUAGGAUUUUUUUUGUCCUUAGGUCUCUGAAGCACAUCUUUAACUGAAAGCACACAUAAUGACCCUGUUGUAAAACUGUUCUGCAGAAAGACAAAGUGUUACUUUUGUGUAUUUUUCAUGCAGCAUUUUUAAGAUAAUUAAGUCCAAAUUUGGGUAUACAAGGGCACAAAUACAAAGGAGUGUACAAGCCACAAUUACUGGAGGAGAAAAAGACUAGAUUUCCAUAUAUUAAGUAAAUUGCAAUAAUGUGUGCAGUCUUAAGGUGUUGCGAAAAAUGGUAUAUUCUAUGUACAGUUACUUUUUUUAAAGAUUACUUUAAAUUGUAUUUGUUUUUAUGUUCGUGUGAUGGCUCAAAAAGAACAAAAUUAUUUUAAAACAUGUAUAGGAAAUCUUAGUAUUUUUUAGUUUUUGGGGGGGUCCUAAAUAUUGUGGAGACUGAAUUUUGUUCAAAAAAUAAAACUUAAAUUCUGA